GAGAAAUCUGAGGAGCUCAUCGACGCAUCGUGUCUGAAUUGCAAAUCUGAAUCUCGAUUCAUCUGCAAAAGUAAAACCCAUUCUGGUUAAACCCUAGAAAGUUCUGUUUCCUCCGAAGGAAAUCGAAGAUAGAAAGAGGCAAAGAGCAAUAGUAGUAGUUUCGAAUUCGUCCAAAUAGCGAUGAGGAGAGUUCACGGGCUCGCUACCUAUGGCCGCGGCAUUGCCGCCGGAUCCUGCACAUCCCCCGCCACCGUCGCCGCCGCCAUGCCGAACCUUCUGGUCCGAUCCGCGAUGCUUAGCACUACUUCCUCUGGCUCAGGUCCCCAGUUCCUCUCUCGGAGAUUGUCUGAUUAUUUCGGUCUCUCGGGGACUUCCGUCGCCGCUGGAGUCGUCGGGACGAUGUUCUUCUCCGUUGCGGCUUCGUCUAUGGCGCAGGAAGUUCACGCUAAGGAGUUGCCUAAGUUUUUACCCAAGGAAGUUGUUCUGUAUCAGUACGAGGCUUGCCCUUUCUGCAACAAGGUUAAAGCAUUCUUGGACUACUACAGCAUUCCAUACAAGGUGGUGGAAGUUAACCCGAUGAGUAAAAAGGAGAUCAAGUGGUCUGAGUACAAGAAGGUGCCGAUACUUACUAUUGAUGGUGAACAGAUGGUCGACUCUUCAGAGAUAAUUAGUGAUUUGUUCAAGAGGAUUCAUCCAGAGGGCACAUGUGCAGAUGCCGAGGAAGAAGCAAAGUGGCGAAAAUGGGUAGAUGGUCACUUGGUGCAUGUUCUGUCACCAAAUAUUUACAGAAAUGCUUCCGAGGCUCUGGAGUCAUUCGACUACAUUACCAGUCAUGGAAAUUUUAGCUUCACAGAGAGGUUGGUAGCAAAAUAUGCUGGUGCAACCGCUAUGUACUUCGUGUCAAAGAAGCUGAAGAAGAAGUAUAAUAUCACUGAUGAACGUGCAUCCUUGUAUGAAGCUGCCGAAACAUGGGUGGACGCUCUCAAGGGCCGUGACUAUCUUGGUGGUUCACGUCCUAAUCUGGCUGAUCUCGCGGUUUUUGGCGUCCUGAGGCCGAUCAGAUACCUUAAGUCCGGCAAAGAUAUGGUGGAGCAUACUCGUAUUGGAGAAUGGUACACAAGGAUGGAGGGGGCCGUCGGUGAGCCUAUGAGAACCAAUGCAUGAUAUCGUCGUGUUUAGAUGAAGAGUUCAGUCUACACAAACACUAACUUAUAUGGCUAAGAAAAGAAAAAAGAUUGGAGCUUUGAUAGAAUAACUUCCUGCGAACUCAUUUGAUUUCCUUUCGGAGCACUGCUGUAGGUGUCUACGAGCUCUACUCGUGAUCUAAGUCUCAUUCUUGCUACUGAAAUUUGUUUCUGGUUUUUGCGAGUUUUCCAAUUACCAUUUCUAUUCUUGUUUCUGUCGUUCAGCCACGAGAUCGGAGUGACCAUUUUUAUGAUGAAGUGCACCUUUCUGACUUCUUUUCUCUCUGCAUUUAGGAUAGAGAGAAAGACCCGAGAGAAGAUGGGAGGAGUAUUUCUCUUAUCCAUCUCAUUCUUUUGUAUACUAGGAUGUCUAUAAUUGGGGUGUUCUAUUUAUAGAUACAUAUGACUAACCUUACAAUUUCGUGAGGAAAUGAGCUAUAAGAUGAUUCAUUCUUAUAAGACCAAUGUAGGAGCUAUAAGAUGAUUCAUUCUUAUAAUCAA